GGCAGAAGAGACAGUGAAACCACUUUUGGCACAUUUGAAUGUCGAGUCCUCUCGGUAACAAUGGAAACUACAGAUUUGGUGACAACAGUAUCACUUAGUUAUCCAUCUUUUCCUGAUUAUUCGGAAGAUGACGAGGAUUAUGGGGAUUCCUCACCCUGUGACCUGACAGAGACAUGGCGCUUUACUCGUCUGUUUGCCCCAACAGCCUACAUCAUAGUCUUCAUCCUAGCUGUUCUGGGAAAUGUGCUAGUGCUGUUUGUGAUCCGCCGCUAUCGUCGGUCUCACAGUCCCUGCUCCUUCUCUCUGACCGACACAUUCCUGCUUCACCUCGCCAUCUCAGACCUUCUUCUAGCUUUGACGCUGCCCUUCUUUGCAGGCCAGUGGAUUAAUGGGUGGGUGUUCGGCAUAGGAAUAUGUAAAGUGGCAGGUGCACUCUUUUCCCUGAAUGUCUACUGCGGUGUGCUCUUCCUUGCCUGCAUCAGCUUCGAUCGCUACUUGGCCAUUGUCCAUGCUGUCCACACCAGCUGGAGGCACAAUACAUGCCUGGCUCAGUUAGCCUGUACAGUGAUCUGGAUCUGCUGCAUAGGUCUUGCUGUCAUUGACAUACACUUCCGAAAUGUGGUGUCGCUACCUGGCUAUGAGAAGGAUGUAUGCCUUUUAGAUUUCAACAGUAAAGAUUCUGAAAAAUGGCAUCUUAGCCUGCAGCUCGUCAGCCUGGUGUUAGGGUUUGGCCUCCCACUACUGGUAAUGCUCUACUGCUACUUGCACAUUUUUCACUCACUGUGCCGCACAAGCUCACGCAGGCAGAAGCGACGCUCUCUCAGGCUCAUCAUCUCCCUAGUGGCUGUGUUUGUGAUUUGCUGGGCACCAUACAAUAUCUUCAAGAUGGUUGACAGCCUAAGCCGACUGAACAUAGUGACCCCCAGCUGCACGCUGAACUACGUGCUUGAUAUCAGCAUCCUAGUGACAGAGACCUUGGGACUUUCUCACAGUGCCUUCAACCCACUACUAUAUGGAUUUGUGGGUGUCAAAUUCCGUCGUGAACUUUUCAAGAUGUUUAAGACAGUUCUGAGAUCUGUUAGGUGCCUUGGGAUGACCGAAAGGGUCCACAGUCAAGGAAUAAGUCGCAGGCCAACAGGCUCUUUCAGCUCUGCAGAGAGUGAUAACACCUCAUACUUCUCAGUUGUGGCAUAAGUGAUGUGAUUGCUGAGUUGGUGUUUUUUGGUUUGCUUGUUUGUUUGUGGUACAUGAUCUUUGUAAAAACUAAAUUUAUUUUUAUGAUUGUUUUUUCAAUAUUAUACUGCAUUUUGUUUGUUACAUAAGCUCCGCAUUUUACACCUUUUAAACUGUUUAAUUAACUUUUUCUCUUUUCUUCCUAUAUUAAAAAAAAGAAAGAAUAUAUUUUAUAUUUUACUGAUUAAAUGUGUUGGUUAUGCGUAAAUACCACUGCUAAAAAAUGUGCUCUUAAGCAGGAAGUGAAACUAUUGUAAGACUCUCAUAUUUAGUUUCUCUCAUCUCCCUUCUUCUAUUGUUUUCCCCCCAAGAAAAUUUCCAAGCAAAUUAUCAAGAAGUUUUAUCAUCAGUUCCGUUAAGGUUUUUUUUAUUUUUUAUUUGUUUGUUUGUUUUUGUUAUUUUGUUUAGGAUUUUUUGUUUGUUUCUUUCUUUCUUUUUUUAUGAAAAGGUGCUUUUACAUUUUACUGGUGCAGCCAAACAAAUGGCUUUUCAAAAAAUUACAUUAGCAAUUUAUUCGGGGAAAAACAUUAUUAUAUUAACUGCAUUAAUGCACAGUUUGAAAUGGGUUUGAAAUAUGGGUUCUGGUGGCAUUUUACUUUUAUAAAAAAAAUUCAUCAUUAGAUCGUAGUAUACAUCAUAUCCUUGAAUGGUUAUGUUUCUGUUGUUUCACUGUUUUCUUCACUCCCUACCUGCUUUGAUGCUAAAUAUGUAUUUUAUAUCUGUUUUCAGCAAUCUUUUGAUUUUAAUUGGUUAUUAGAGAAACAGAAAAAAAGGAAAUUUGAUUGUAAGAGGUGUAGUGGACUGACAAAUGCUGAGCUUGGUGUGGAAGUUCUGUGCCUGUUCUCAUAUCUCCUUGGGUGUCUUUGGGUAAUUACUGCAACAUGUCAGUAGGUGGCUCAGCUAUCCCUUAAGUGCUGCCUCACAUUCAGUGCUCCCUGCAUAGUCUCUGGAUCUACUGCAACCUUGACCAGAAUAAAGCAGAACAACAAUCUAAAGCAUAUUUCUAAGCUAUGCAAAAACAUUUUUAAACAACCUGUUACUCCAAUAAGUACUCUAAUAUUGUUCUUGAUGGACUGGUUGGCAUAACUUCCAGAUCUUAGUCCUAUUGAGCCUUUGUGGAAUAAGCUUAACUAUAAAGGCAGAAAUAAACUGCUCUAUAAACCAGUCAUAAUCUUUGAAAGAUCAAUAAAAGGUGUAUGUUGAACUUUUUAGAAUGUCUAAUAUUUGACAAGCCUUAAUUGUAGCAAAUGGAGUAUUUUUUGAUGAAUGUAAAGUAUGAUUUGAACAGUUACAUUAAAUAAACAGAAUUUGGCAUAAC